AUGUUCGUGAGAAAUGCCAGCUUUAUCAUUUUGAGUCUCCUUCGCCUUUGUGCAGACCUAGCUUCUGCUGGUACCGCUAGUUUCACCAAUCCAAUCUUGGAUGAAGCAGGCGCAGAUCCUUGGGUUAUUAGGCAUGACUCAUACUAUUAUAUGACUUAUACAACAAACAAUGAUAUCACGCUCAUGCGAAGUCAGACCCUCACAGACUGGAACAAUGCGGAAAGAAAGAUCAUCUUCAAACCGUUGCCUGGCCAGAAUUAUUCCACGGAUCUCUGGGCACCGGAAGUACACUCGAUUGCUGGUAAAUGGUACGUCAUCUUCACCGCAGAUCCCAACUAUGACUCUCCUCCGCCGGAUACGGAUGCACUCUGCGAGUGGAAUUGUCCAGCAGUGCACCACCGCAUGUUCGUUCUAGAAGGUGUCGGGUCGAAUCCUUGGUCUGCACAAUUUUCCUACAAGGCCCAGCUUGAGACCUACGAUCAGUUUGCCAUUGAUGGAACCUACUUCCAUCAUGAAGAUCGUCUUUACCACAUAUAUAGCUGUUGGCACCAUUCCUAUGACGGCUGGCCCGCAAAUCUCUGCAUAACGAGGAUGGCCAACCCAUGGACUGUGACAUCAAGCCUGUCAGAAAGGCAGAUAAUAUCGGCGCCCACCAAUGCAUGGGAAAAAACCCCUUAUGGACGCACCGUGAACGAUCGAUUGAGCUCCAACGAAGGUCCACAACAGCUAACGAACCCAAAGACCGGUCAGGUCUUUGUGGUUUACUCUGCCGCCCGGUCCGACAAUCGCAAUUACUGUCUUGGUCAGUUGGAACUAAUCGGUAAGGAUCCUAUGGACCCUAAAGAUUGGCGCAAGAAGAAUGAUGGAUGUGUUUUUCACCAAAAUCCCGAAGAGGACGCUUAUGGCGUCGGGCAUGCCAGUUUUGUGCAGAGUCCCGACGGGACAGAGGAUUGGAUCGUGUAUCACGGCAUGAAGGAUCCUUCAAAUGGGUGGGGCGCAAGAUCCAUUAGAACACAGAAGUUCGGGUGGAACGACGACGGGACUCCCAAAUUCCCAUGCCCGGGAUAUGGACCAUAUCCGGUGCCUAGUGGACAAGAGAAUCAUGAGUCUCUACACAGUGAAUUUGCCGAUCUUAGCGAACAGUUUAUCCUUGCGGACAAAGCCUGA